AUGAGAUCUGCUCGCACCCCAAAGGAACCUAUGGCCGUGACCUCCUCGCUGAAUAGCAUCCACAUAUCUCCUCGCACACCAAAAACUCCCCGCCCCAAUAAUAUGGGCGACGAUGAAGACGACGUCGAGCUGACUCUUCUCAACGAGGACGAACGUGUCCGUUCCGCCCGUAACUUCCUCGACGAUGAAUCUUCAGUCUCCGAGGCAGAGCACGACAUGAAGCCUACCAUAUCUGCGAAAGAUAGGAGGGGAAUGGUACUACUAUGUGUUUUAUACCUCCUGCAGGGCAUCCCGCUGGGACUAGCCCUAGGAUCCGUCCCUUUUCUCCUAAAGGAGCACUUGUCCUAUUCACAGCUUGCGACUUUUGCCCUGUCCAGUUAUCCAUAUUCUCUGAAGCUGCUAUGGUCGCCCAUUGUCGAUUCCAUCUUCUUCAAGUCGUUUGGACGUCGGAAGUCGUGGAUUGUACCAAUGCAAAUAAUUGUUGGUUCUCUGAUGAUGUAUAUUUCCUUCAACGUCAAGAGAUUGAUGGAAGAUCCCGCCCACAAUGUAAUUGAGUUGACCACCGUUUUUACUAUGCUUGUGACAUUCUCCGCCACUCAAGAUAUCGCUGUCGAUGGCUGGGCUUUGACCCUUCUUUCGCAUGAUUGCCUGUCGUACGCUUCUACAUGCCAGACAAUAGGCCUCAACACGGGUUUCUUUGCUUCCUUUACGGUGUUUUUGGCAUUCAAUAGCGAAGCUUUUGCUGCGAAAUGGGGCGUUCCUCAUUUGACGCUAGCUGGUUACUUGCGGUUCUGGAGCAUCGUGUGCUUCGUGGUUACGUUAUGGCUUAUUAUUUUCAAGAAGGAGGACAAAGAGCCCGCCAACGAUGCCGACAUGAGUAUCAAAGGCGUUUAUAGGACUAUAUGGACCAUCUGCCAGCUCAGACAUGUGCAAUUACUUGUCGUUGUCCACUUGUUCGCGAAGGUCGGCUUCGCUGCUAAUGACGCAGCGACUGGCCUCAAGCUUGUUGAAAAGGGCUUCAAGCGUGAAGAUCUGGCCAUUGUUGUCCUCAUCGACUUCCCCUUCCAGAUAAUGGGUGGGUGGCUUGCUGCCAAAUGGUCAAGAGGAGACCGUCCCCUUCGUCCUUGGAUCUAUGCGUUCUGGCCUCGGCUUGUCUUUGCUCUCAUUGCAGCAUUCAUUGUAUACUUCUUCCCGAAGCCUCCGAUUCCGAUGAGUUUCUUCGUACUGUUAAUUAUCCACACUGUGCUGUCCUCCUUUGCUUCAACCGUUCAAUUUGUUGGAAUUUCUGCGUUCCACACUCGUGUGUCGGAUCCCCUUAUUGGAGGAACGUACAUGACACUCCUCAAUACUUUUACAAACAUGGGGGGUACUUGGCCUAAAUGGUUUGUUCUGAAAGGGAUCGAUCUUUUCAGUGUCGCGACCUGUGAGGUUCCACAGGCAGCUGUCCAUAUCAAAGCUACAGAGUGUGUCUCGGACCAUGGCAAAGCCGCCUGCAAGGAUAUUGGCGGGAAAUGCGUCACCCACACCGAUGGGUACUAUACCGUUACGAUCAUUUGCCUGGCCUUCGGCUUGAUAUUCCUGGUGGCGUUCAUCAUUCCAACCGCGCGCAAGUUGCAAAGACUUCCAACUUCUGUGUGGCGGGUGAAGAUGAGCUAG